AUGUUUUGUUACAAGUUGCCCUGCGGGGAUUUCCAAACCCUAACAACAAUGACUGAAACCGGCAUUUCCUUCGAUCCACCUGUGUACGAGCAGAGAUACUGCGCCGCCAUCCAGAUCCUGGAGGACUCCCGCUGGUCAAGUCAGAUCAAGAAGGUGGUCGAGUUCGGCUGUGCCGAGAUGAAAUUAUUCCAGCUGAUGCGUCGCAUAGAGACCAUAGAAAACAUUCUACUGGUGGAUAUUGACGAGCCCUUGCUCAGAAGGAACCUAACCUGCGUGGAUCCCUUGGUCUCGGAUUAUAUUAGGCGCCGUGCGGGUCCUUUAAGCGUUCAGAUUCUACAGGGAAGCGUUGCAGAUUCUUCGGAAGAACUGCGAGGCACAGAUGCUGUAAUUGCGUUGGAGCUAAUCGAGCACGUAUACGACGAUGUUUUGUACAAAAUUCCAUCCAAUGUUUUUGGGUUUAUGCAGCCUAAAUUGGUGGUUUUUAGCACACCAAACUCAGACUACAACGUAGUAUUUACGCGUUUUAAUCCUUUGUUGCCAAAUGGAUUUCGCCACUACGAUCAUAAGUUUGAAUGGACGCGGGAGGAGUUCAAGUCCUGGUGCUCGGAUAUUGUUGAGAAGUACCCAAACUACAUGUUCUCUUUAAUGGGAGUGGGUAAUCCGCCCAAGGACUUCGAAAGUGUUGGUCACGUAUCGCAGAUGGCCAUAUUCGUCCGCAAGGAUUUUCUUGAGAUGCAGUUGGAGUUUCCUUUGGAUAGCACACCUAAACUUGAUGAAGAAUCCACUCCCUAUAAGUUAAUUCAUUCCGUCGACUACCCUUUUUAUGUGGACACGCGCACCGAGAAGGAAAAAAUGUGGACAGAAGUCCAAAUUGAGAUUCAACGUUUUAAAAGGAUUGCCAAUUCUUCUGAUAUCGAUCUGGAUUCUCACCAGGACAACUAUAAAAUGCCUCUUUCCCUUUUAUUGGAUCGCCUACAUCAUGUAGGCGCCACGAAGGAAGACCUGGUGGAAUUGCUGCAGGAGAACAAUUUAAAAAUAGAGGAAGAAAGCGUUAUAAUUGAAGACUCCGAAGAGGAAUCACAGUGGUCUGAUCCAUACGAAUUGUCUGAACGUCUUUCCCAGGACGUUGUGUUGACUGACCAGGAGCAAGAGGAGGAGUGCUGGGACCUGAACUCGGAAUCCUAA